GUAUCUGGGAAAAUUUGUCACAAUUUUUGAUAUAAUGGGGAACAACUUCAUUGCAAACAUGAUAUCUUUGAAGUGAUUGCUUUCUGCAUUACAAUUGCUUUGGACUUUGAGGUUACCAGCCUCAGCCAGUUUUGAGUAAUCUUCUGUAUAAGUCAGUUCACUCUGUGGCACUAACUAUAGCAAGUUGUACCUUUGGGGCAAUUCUGAGCAGAUUGUGAGUGAUUAGAACAAAAAAUACAGCCUAACCCUAGAGCAUAUUUUUCGUCAAAUAUAUUCAGCUUAGAAUAUUCUCAAAUGGCAUUCUGGUCAGUUAUAUGAUCCAGUGUAUAUGUGUAAUGAACAGAUAUGAGAGAACCACACUUAUAGAUAUGCAGCCACUAUGUAUGGCUCCUAUGAAGAAUUAAUGUUUGCAUUUUCCUCCAAAAUUCUUUUUAUCCAGUUUCAAGAUUUAUUUCACAUAGCUUUCUUAACCUCAGUGCUGCAUAAUUCUCCAAUAUGUAUUAAAGGUUGUAUUGUAGUAUAUUAAGUACAGAUAUUGUGGUCCUUUUAAAUUGUUUAGUUAUGAUCAUGUUUUUAUUAGUUCCAGAAUUGGUGCAAAAAGCUCAUGAAGGUCCAGGAGAAAUGGGGAAUCCUGUUGCCAUUGCUAAAGAAGAUCAAGAGAAAAUGAAGGAAAUGUUUAAAAUCAAUCAGUUUAAUUUAAUGGCCAGUGAAAUUAUUGCACUCAACAGAUCUUUACCUGAUGUUAGGCUGGAAGGCUGUAAGACAAAAUUAUAUCCUGAUAAUCUUCCUACAACAAGUGUUGUAAUUGUUUUUCAUAAUGAAGCUUGGAGUACUCUCUUGCGAACUGUUCAUAGUGUAAUAAACAGAUCACCAAGACAUAUGCUGGAAGAAAUUAUCCUGGUAGAUGAUGCUAGUGAAAGAGACUUCUUGAAGAGACCAUUGGAAAACUUUGUGAAAAAAUUACGAAUACCAGUGUAUGUGAUUCGAAUGGAGCAGCGUUCUGGACUCAUCAGAGCCAGAUUGAAAGGAGCUGCUGCCUCCAAAGGCCAAGUCAUUACCUUUUUAGAUGCUCAUUGUGAAUGCACUCUAGGUUGGCUUGAGCCUCUGUUAGCACGGAUUAAAGCUAACAGGAAAAUUGUAGUUUGUCCUAUCAUUGAUGUAAUCAGUGAUGACACAUUUGAAUAUAUGGCAGGCUCUGAUAUGACUUAUGGAGGAUUCAACUGGAAGUUAAAUUUCCGAUGGUAUCCUGUUCCUCAGAGAGAAAUGGAUAGAAGGAAAGGUGAUCGGACUCUUCCAGUUAGGACACCUACAAUGGCAGGAGGCCUCUUUUCCAUAGACAGAGAUUAUUUUCAAGAAAUUGGAACAUAUGAUGCUGGAAUGGAUAUAUGGGGAGGAGAAAACCUUGAGAUUUCAUUCAGAAUUUGGCAGUGUGGAGGAACUUUGGAAAUCGUAACAUGUUCACAUGUGGGACAUGUUUUUCGAAAAGCCACUCCUUAUACUUUUCCAGGAGGCACUGGACAAAUUAUUAAUAAAAAUAAUAGACGACUUGCAGAAGUUUGGAUGGAUGAGUUCAAAAAAAUUUUUUACAUACUUUCUCCAGGAGUUACAAAGGUGGAUUAUGGAGACAUUUCUUCACGACUUGGAUUAAGACAGAAGCUACAGUGCAAACCUUUUUCCUGGUAUUUAGAGAAUGUUUAUCCUGAUUCCCAAAUACCACGACACUAUUUUUCUUUGGGAGAGAUACGAAAUGUGGAAACAAAUCAAUGUCUAGAUAAUAUGGCACGAAAAGAAAAUGAAAAAGUUGGAAUUUUUAAUUGCCAUGGAAUGGGUGGUAAUCAGGUUUUCUCAUACACAGCUAACAAGGAGAUCCAAACAGAUGAUCUGUGCUUAGAUGUCUCCAAACUUAAUGGUCCAGUCACAAUGCUCAAAUGUCAUCACUUGAAAGGCAAUCAACUUUGGGAAUAUGAUCCAGUGAAAUUAAUCCUGUUGCAUGUGAACAGUAACCAGUGCCUGGAUAAAGCCGCUGAAGAAGACAGCCAGGUACCCAGUAUCAAGGAUUGUAAUGGUAGCCGUUCACAGCAAUGGCUUCUUCGUAAUGUCACCCUUCCAGAAAUAUUCUGAAAGGUUUCUAAGACAAUGAUUUACUGGACUACCUCAGCGAGUGCAUUUGCUAUAUUAUGUUCCAAGCAAAGGCUGCAAUUGAUCACUGGAGCAAUCUGUUCUAAAGUUCUAAGAGCUGUGAACCAGCUAUCCUGGUGUUUAAACAUGGAGCUAACUAAAGGAGUUACUUGUGAUGCUUUAUGCACUAAUGUUUACAAAAAAUCAUUUUGUAGAACACAUGGACAGUGGAAAUAUAACUGAGGAAAUAUGCUCUAUGGAGAACAGCACAGCUUAGACUGCUUGUGUAUCAGCAACCUCCCAAAAUGCUGUUAGAAAUAUUCUUAAGAUGUCUGUGUGAAGUUCAAUAUUUACCCAAAGGUCAUAUAAAAAUAUAAAUGGGAUAGAUUAAAAAUAAAAUAGAAAAGUCAUUGAUACAAAAAAUGUAUAAAACAGGGUUUAGAAAAGAAAAUCAGAACUGUUAAAACUUAUAAUUCCAAACAUCAAAUGUAUAUAAUUAAUUUGAUCUCAGUGGAAAAAAAGUGACCAAGUGAAAUAGCAAUUUUUUGUUCAAUUGCAUGCUGAUCCAUUAAUUUUUUUUCUUACAGUAAAGGCCUUGAACUUUUUUUUAAGAAAAACCAAAAUUUAAUUAGCUCUCUAAAUGUUGGAUUAAAUUUUAAAACUUUUGAUUUUGUCUUGUAGUUUUUCAAAACUAUUUUCCCCCCCAAUUAUUUGAAAAAUGUUUUUUACUUGUUUGUGUUUUACUUGGUACUUAAGUUAAAAAUAUGUCAGCUAUCUUUGAUCUAACAGUUAAAUUUCUUAACUGAUUAUGUUUAUGACUAAAUCUCCUAAUACUGCAUUACAGUUUCUUUACAGCAAUAAUUAUUUCAUUCCUCAAUUCCACAUACCAGUGCCUGCAGAUAACUUAUUCAAGUAAUAAAUAGCUGGUAUCUGAAUGUUCCCUUAAAGCAUAUUUCCAGUCAAUAUUACAAUAUCACUCAUAUUUUUGAAAUGUAAUGUCCUACUUUUUUCUAAUAAAAUCACGGGAAAUUAUUAAAUAA